UCAUUCUGCAGCUUUAUUAGGAGGAAGGCAGUAGCCAAGUGAAGCAGCUGGGAUCACACUGAAGUCACUCUGAACUCUGCAGAUCACUUCAUUCUUCCUUCUGCUACAGAGCUCACAUCCUUGAUUUACAGUGUGUUUCAUUCCAAAGAACUAAACAAGAAAGCAACAUGACAUUUGAAGAUUUUGAGAACUACUCUUAUUUCUACGACCUGUCUGAGGAAGAUGAAACACCCCAGUCCUCCCUCAGCAUUGCCCAUAUAAUUUCCCUUUCCUUGUACAGUGUGGCAUUUCUGCUGGGAGUGCCAGGUAAUGCCAUCGUCAUCUGGUUUAUGGGCUUUAAGUGGGAUAAAUCUGUUUCUACACUCUGGUUCCUCAAUCUGGCCAUUGCAGAUUUCAUUUUUGUUCUCUUCCUGCCCCUCUAUAUUACAUAUGUGGCAAUGGGCUUCCACUGGCCUUUUGGGAAGUGGCUCUGCAAAAUGAACUCGUUCAUUGCGCUGCUUAAUAUGUUUGCCAGUGUUUUCUUCCUGACAUUCAUCAGCCUUGACCGCUACAUCCGCCUUGUCCAUCCAGUCUUUUCCUACAAGUAUCGGACUGUAAGGAACACGCUCAUACUUAGUGGGAUCAUUUGGAUGUCAGCUGCAAUUAUUGGUGGCCCUGCCUUAUACUUCAGAGAUACAGCUACAGUUCUCAACAAUGUCACCAUUUGCUACAACAACUUCCACGUCCAUAACAGGGAACUUAUUUUGCUGACACAUCACAUUCUCAUUUGGGUGAGGCUUGCAUUUGGUUACCUCUUUCCUCUAGUGACCAUGGUCAUUUGCUACUCAUUGCUGAUUGUCAAAGUGAAGAGGAGAACUGUAUUGACUUCCAGCAGGCUUUUCUGGACCAUCAUUGCUGUAGUUGUAGCUUUUUUUGUUUGCUGGACACCAUAUCACAUAUUCAGCAUUGUGGAGCUGUCAGCUCACCAUGAUGAAAACUUGCACGACUUACUGCAGGAUGGCAUUCCCCUCUCUACCAGCCUUGGUUUCAUCAACAGUUGCCUCAAUCCAAUCCUUUAUGUUCUGAUUAGCAAAAAGUUCCAGGCCGAGGUGAAGACUACAGUCUCUGAGGUGCUGAAGUUGGCACUGUGGGAGGUGAGCCGCUCUGGAACUGUCAGCGAGCAGCUGUGGAGCUCGGACAACACCCAUGCGCCUGUGCACUACUGUGAAACUGCUCAGUGACUGCUCCUGUCACCAUCCCUCUCCAAAACAGCUGGCAGGAGAUUUGGAGGUGUUCUUGACUUUGCAUCUGUCAGUCAGAUGUGCAUCUUUGCAUCUACAGUUGUAUGUAAACAGCUGGCUUCAUUGCACUUGCUGCUCUCCUUGAAAGGGUUUUAAAGGACACAUCGUUUGGGUGUGGUGGACUUGCAGUGUACACACAGCCUGAACUGAAAGCUGUCAGCAUAAGUGGAAUUGCUCCAACUGGAUUUUUGAUCAGGAAUGCUGUUGUAAUCCUGUUGUGUUGUGGUUCCGUACCUCUUUGAUAUCAAAAAAGCACAUAAUAAAAAUGUUCCUCCUUGCAAUCACUGACGACACUCUUGAUCAAGCAUUCUUAUCCAAGAGGGCAUGGCCGUACAUCAAUGGCUCAAGUCUCCUGAUUGCCUAGUAUUGCCUUAAGUAGGAAUCACCUGGCUACAUCCCAGCUAAGCGAAGCUAUUGGUGGCUCUGUUCCACAGUUGGAGAAGAAUCCUGAGACAGAGAAUAAAAUCUGUUUUCUCCCAGCACUCUUUGUCUUACACUCUAAGGCAGGAGAUUCUGUGUUUUCUGGUCACUUCUUAUUAUACUUUUAGGGCCAGUUGGAUGCAAAAUAGUGAGCAGAUGUUUCAUCUAGGUUUUAGGAUCAUUUGAAAUGUGCAAAGAAUUAGUGGAAAUGUUUCUUACAGAAGAUGAGAUUAAAGACCCUGUGCCACACUUGUUCUUUUUCUGUUUAAACUUUCAGGCUCAAAGAGGGUUACAACUAUCAGUUCUUUUGCUCUGUCAAACAAAGGAAAAGAACAUUUUGUUUGCCUUAAUGCCAAUCUUCAAAAAAUGGGCAGUGAAUUCAACAGUGUUCUGUAACGGGUCUGUAGCAAAAUUUAGACUUCUUUACCAAAUGAGAAGCAAGAUGGUACACCCAGGAAAUGGAGUCCAAUUUCUUAAGAAAGAUUACAGAAUCCCAGCUACACUGUGUUCUGUUCCAACUUGUUGCUUGCUGUAGAAUCACACAUGCACCAAUGCAAAUAUAUAUGCUAAGUGGAGUGGACCAAUUUCUGAUGCAAUACCACUUAAUUAAAAAGUUGAACGUGGGAUAAAACUCCACUAAGAGUGAAAACAUAAAGGUUUGGGUAAACGGAAACUGUUUUUUCCUUGUUGGAAAAAAGGAAAGGAAUUGUUAUUGGCCUAGGUACAUAGAAUAAAACUGCCUUUCAGAUAGUCUACCUACUUUCUAUGGCCUGACAACGUAUGUAAGUAGCAUUUAUACUGUAACUGAGGCCUUACAUGUAAAUAUAUUUGCUUUUGUAGAAAAUACAUACAUCUGCAUGCAUGAGCACAUCCAGUACUGGUAGCUGUACAAAUACAAAUAGUCUGACUGUGGUCCAAAACUGUUUCUUUGAGCUCUGGUUUCAGAGUUCAGGAGUCAGCAGGAUCAGUGGAAUUUCGAUGUGUUUCACUUUGGGCUGGAAAGUUGGUAAGCAGCACUGUUCCGUUGAGUCAUUUGCUGCCUGGUACAUACCGACUCAUCAUAGUAUUUGGCACUGUGCUGCUGAAUGUGCCAAAAUCAAACAUUUCGCGGUUUUCCUUCACAUGUUCCCUGACAUACUUCUAAGAGCGAUGCAGUAGUACCACUCUCCUGACUGUACUCCAAGUGAAGUAAUAAAAUGUUGUUUCCAAA